AAAUCCCCACAUCAAAAACCCACACACACAAAAAAAAAAAUUCUCUCUUUUCUCACACACAGAUUCCUUAAAAAAGGAUACAAUCUUGAUCUGUUAAAAACAAAGAAAAUCCAUCAUUUUGAUCUUUCAAGAAGAAAGAUGAGUAAUAUUCUUCAAUACCCGGAUGUGGUAGAUGCUCCUGAAGUUCAGAUAUGGAACAAUGCAGCGUUUGAUAAUGGAGAAUCAGAGGAUUCUUUGAAUCUUAAGUCUUCUUGGUGGAAUCAAAGUCUUGAAUCCGAUGCAAGCAAAGAGAAUCUUAGCCCAGUUUGUGAAAAAUCUUCUCCUAUUUAUGUCAAUUCUUCAAAACCCACCAAGCCACUUCAAUCUAAUCCCAAUCCUUUUAACUCACAAGGGAGUAAUUCAAUGAAGGUUGGGCUGUCGAAGAUGGUGGAGAAAAAUGAGGAGAUCAAGAAUCAUGAUGAGAAAAAGAUUGAUAUAGAGAUUGAAGAGAUCGAGAAGGAGAUUAAGCGUUUAUCUUCAAGACUUGAAGUGCUUAGGCUUGAAAAGGCAGAGAGGAAUUUAUCAAAGACUGUUGAAAAGAGAGGGAGGGUUGUGGCUGCAAAAUUUAUGGAGCAGAAACAGAGUGUCAAGAUUGAAGAGCCAUUGGUUUCAAGUGCUAAAUCGAAGAUUAAUAGAAGAGGGGUCAGUUUAGGGCCAAGUGAGAUUUUCUCUGGAUCCAAAUCAAGGUUAUUGUUUGGAAAACAAGAGAUGAAAACUCCUGUUUCGACGCAGAAUCGGCGGAAAUCGUGUUUUUGGAAGCUUGAAGAGAUUGAUGAGUUGAAGGCAACUAAAGAGAGGGGAAAAAGUUUGAGUGUUAGUCCGAGAUCACGAAAAAAUGUGUCCAAAAUCCAAGUUCCUAAACAGGCUGUUACUACUGUGGGGUCUAGAAGGUCAGUGAAGAAAGAAGAUGGGGUUAUUGCUUCAAUUCAGCCAAAGAAUCUAUUCAAAGACGGGGAAAGAUCUGUGCCUAAUAAGAAACCCUUGAAGCCCGGACGGGUGGUGGCUAGUAGGUAUAAUCAGAUUGGAACAAAUCAGUCUAAUGGGAAUCUAACUGCUAGCGAGGCUCGGAAGAGGUCUUUGCCGGAUAAUGAGAAGGAAGAUGUUAAUAAGAGGCGGGCUUCACGUGGUAAUGGGGUGAGUCAGAGAGCGGAGAGUGGUAGAGUGAAGAAGAGGUGGGAGAUUCCAAGUGAAGUAGUGGUAUACAAGGAUGAUGCUGAGGAGGAAUCUCCGCAGGCAGUUUCUGUAGUGACCGAUAUGUUGCCGAAUAUUAAGACUGUCAGAAGUGUUGCUGAGACUCCAAGGGACUCAGGGCCGGCAAAAAGAGUGGCUGAUUUGGUUGGGAGGAAAUCAUACUUUCCCCCCGUCGAGGAGACUGCAGCAGGGGACUCUGUUUGCCAGGCUCUUAGUUUUGCAGAAGAGGAGGAUGGUGAGAACGAGUAAAUUAGGACUAAAGGGAAGUUUUUCUUCUUCUUUGUUGUCCACACUUGAAUUGGUUAAGUUAUUUUUCAGCUUUGUCGUUGAUAAGCCAUAACUCUUGUUAUGGACUAGUAAGGUUGUUUUUGGUUUGGUCUAAACGGGUUGGGACCUCGUAAGUUUGUAGUGUAGUUUCAUUGGCCUUCUGAAUAUAUGCAAUAAUAUGAUAAGUUUUGUCUA